AAAAGUUCACUGAUUUCUCCAUGACUUAAAGACGUAUUAGUUAUUGUUUAAAGAUCUUGAAAGCUAUUCUAAACUUUCAUGCACCGCAUUUGCCAUGGUGAAAAGUAGAGGGUAGGAGCUAAAUGCAGGAAAGAAAAAAAAAAAAGUGAAUCCUAUUAUCUUUAUCAUCAUUUUUGUUCUCACUGUGCAUUUAAUCUUUUGAGCUUUCUUUUCUCGCUUUAUUUUUUGGAAAAAAUAGGGGCAUGGUUUUAGUCUUUUAGACGACUUUUGCUACUCAUACCAUAAUUUUACUGUCAGUUAUGUCUUAGUUUGAGUGGGUGCCUCCACUCUCCAUGUCAUUUGGAUCUGCUAGAAGCAAAAGGGAAGGAUCCAAUGCCAUCAUGCUGGAAGAAAUGACUUUGUCAGCUGAUGAUUUUAGAUUAUCUUGCAGGCACAUGCUAGAGAGCAUGUUAAACACCAUCAGCUAUUCAGCCGAGCUAGAGAACUGGAAAUCUGGUUCACUUGGUUUUUGCUUUUGUGGGGUCUCUGCCCUUCUAAACUUCCACUUUGUAUAUCUUUUUGGCCUGAGAAAGAUGUGGAUGUUGUUGUACAAAUGUGGAUUUUGUUCUGGAACCCAAAUAUGCAUUUUAAACUCUGAUACUUCUGCCAAAGUUGCUUUCUUUUGUAAUCCCUCCUCUGUAGCUCCAUAAAAGUCCCACACACAUUAUGUGUAGAAUACUGCAACUUUAUCACCCCAACAAACAGCAACUACACCAUACAUCUUUAACUUUAGACUACACCUAAUU